AUGGACAAGAAUAUCAUCAAGACCAUCAAAUUUGAAGGAAGAAGAAUCUUGGAAGAUUGCUUGGCUUGUGGUCCCAUUCCGCGUGGCAAAUGGGCCCUACAUUUGCAUGCUAUUGCCAAGUCUUGUAUACUAGUAUAUAGUAUAGGGUUUUUGUACUUUGUACGUACGUACGUAGCUAGCUAUGCUGCAAAGGGGAUUUGGGCAUUGUGGGACCACAUCACAUUUGUUAUAAUACUAAAUAUUAUGGCCAAUUUGUUGAUUUUGGAUUUGGGUAUGAAAGAUGUUGAAGAUUUUGAGCAGGCCAUUUUCAUAGAUGAGAUUUAUGUGGCCCUUGGGCUGCAGGAGGAGGAGCUUGAGGUUUUGGGGCAGAUGAAUGAGAGACUACAUGGGUAG